AUGUACAUUGCCUAAAUGUGGAAUUACAUAGAUUUAAUUGCUCCCUUAGGUGUCGUUAUUAUUUAAAUUAUCUAAUUUCUUGAGAUAAAUGAUUAUUAAAUCAAUGAAGAUUUUAACAGAUCAAUUUUAUCUAUUUCAACUUUAUUUAUGUGGAUAAAGCUCUUGUAUGUUAUGAGAAUUUUUAAAAAUACUGGCUACCUGAUCAGGAUGCUAAUAGAAGUAGUUAGUGAUAUGGGUAUUUUCUUGCUUUUGUUGCUUAUUACAAUACUUGCUUUUGGAGACUCAUUCCUUCGAUUAUCUAAUGGCAAUAGUGAGGAUUCUUAAUUCAUAGAGCAUUUCUUUUAUGCGGGUCUCUAUGUGUAUAGAAUGAUCUUGGGAGAUUGGGAUACUGAUACUUUUGGCGAAAUAUCGCUGCCUUUGGUUUGGAUUUUAUUCGUAAUGUGUACAAUUUUUGAAAUGAUUGUGAUGCUCAACUUGCUCAUUGCUAUUAUCUCAGACACCUAUGCUCAUGUAGCUGAAAAUUCAGAAUAAGCAGGAUUUUAAGAAAUGGCUAAGCUCAUUGAAGAAAAUGAAUUCCUUGUUCCAUAUCAUAUAAAAAAGCAGCAAGCCAAGAAGAUGCAAUACCUGCUAUUAAUUGAUCCUGUGGAAAACAUAGAAAAGAAAGAUGAUUCUGUUGUUAUUUUAAAGGUUGAGUCAGUUUUAAAGCAAAUUGAAAACAAUAAAAAAGAUUUGGAUACUUCAAUAAAAUAGAUGAAUAAUAAGAUUGACAACAUUGUGACUCAAAUCGUAAAGAUCCAACAAGAUCAUUAAAAGGCUCUUACAAAUGAAAUUUAGCAGCUUAAAGCAGAAAUUUAGUUGAAUAAAGAAAAAGAAGUUGUUCAACCAGUUUAAGCACCUGCUAUAGAUGCUUAAGAACCUCCUAAAUGA